GCGCCCGAGUGAGCGCGAAGACCGACAUGUUCCGAACAUCUUCCAAAUGUUGAGCCCGAGUGGCGCGGAGUGCGGCUCUUGAGAGGGACGACGCGUGAACCCACGGAGACGAGGAGGGACCCGAAGUAGCCAGACGCACGAAUCCCUGCUCCCAGUGCGGCGGCUCCAUCUGAACAGGCCCAAAACGAGAGCCAAGAUGCAGCCAGUGAUUGUGCUCAGCUUUCUGCUCACCUUAGCUCUCUCUGCACCAGUUAAAGUGCAUGAGGAGGUGAAGACCUUGUUCCGCGGGGAGGACUUCCACAUCCACCUCUCCUCGCCGGGCUUGGACAUCACUUUCCGGGCGACGCCGACAUCACGGUCCAAUGAGGUGUACCUGAUGCGAGGAGGCCGUGUGACCAACCAGAGGGUCAAGAUUAACCGCCAACUCAGCCAUCUGAGUCUAGAAUCUGUCCUCAAGGCAGAUGAGGGGAUUUACACCGUGAAAGAUCCAAACAAACCAGAGGAGUACAAGAGGAUCAUGCUCUAUGUCAGAGAUUGCACCAACGAACAGGUCAUAAAAUAUGGGGACAACUUCAACCUCCCGCUGCUGGGGGUCGCACCUCCCUUCACCCUUACCUAUCAACCCAGUCCAGUGGAGGCCAACCAGACAUCAAAGCCUUCUCGGGUGGUGCUCAGCCUCAUUGGGGAGUCCGUGGGCGGCUACAAGGGCCGCAUCAGCGUCAACAGCCGCCAUGUCACUCUGAGCGCUGUCACCGGGGCAGACGAAGGCACCUACACCAUCACAGAUAAAGUCGGUGACAUUAAAAGACAAGUGUGCCUCAAUGUUAAAGAGCACCUGAACUUUGUUACUCUGCCGCACGGAAAUAGAUUGAAAGUCAACUUGAUACUGAACAGCUCUUUGGUUCGCCUUUACUACACCAGAGAAAACGACCAGACUCAACAUCUGCUGAUGGACAAAGGCGAAUUCACAAAUGCUCCAGCAGAGUUGGGAUUCGGUGAUCGGCUGUCCAUGGAGGGCUCAGUUGUUUAUCUGGAUGAAUUCAAGAGUUCUGACACUGGCAAGUUCACCGUCACUGACCUCCUGGGCUUCCCUGUCUCCGUCGACCAUUGUAAAAUCGAACCGUUCAAGCUGGACUCUCUGUACGUGGCCAUCAUCGCGCUGCUGGGCCUGCUGGUCUUCCUCCUGCUGGCUUGUCUGCUGUCCUGUCUGAUCAAAGUGAAGAAGCGGGCCAAGAGGGCGGCGGCGCUGGAGAAGAUCGCCCAGAACGCUGGCAAAGAAGACGAGGGCGAGGCGUUUAGACAGGUUGUCAAAAACAUCACCAAGCUCAGCGAGGAGUCCAAGCAUUCCCAGGCUGACAACACGGAGAAGUCGCAGAGCACUGAGGUGGACAUAAAAGGCCUGGAAGUUUCUUCUAAAGAGGUUGGGAUUGGGAACCUCGAGACAAGUGACUCCGGAGUUGGCUUUAACACAGCCCUGCCUCUGGACACUGACACGGAUGUCCCUGACCAGAUCCCUGAUUCUGAGGCUGUCAGCGUCUCUGUUGCUCCCGAGACCAAGCCAAGUCCUCCUCCUGCCGAGCCCAAGCCCAUUGCUCCAGCAGCUCCUGAAACAAGGUCCAGUCCGGUAGCUGAGACUAAGCCGAUGGAGGCUCCUGUAAAACAACCAGAGAAGCUUGAUGUGUCUAAACCGGAAGAGGUCAAGCUCAGCCCCACGCCAAGUCCAGAACCUAAGGCCACUCUGAGUCCUGCAGCUUCAAAACCUGCACCUAGUCCUGCAGCCAUCACACCCCCACCUGAAAUUAAGAGUGCUUCGGCUCCCACUCCGGAGGCUCCCAAACCCAGUGCACCAGAGCCCAUCAUCAACGGGACCCCUGAACCGGGUCCGGAUCUCAAGAUCGAAAGCUCACCGCCAAAAGCAGCUCCUCCUAAAACCCCUGAAGCAGAGCUGAAAUCCAGCGUUGUUGGGAAGGAGAGCGCAGCCUCCGAGGAAUCCAAAACAGCCUAAAGGCUGAAGCCGCAAAAAGUCUACGGUCCCCUGAUACACCGAAAGCCACUGCAGACAAUCGAUCUCCUCUCCACCAAAUAAUCAGGAACCACUCUGAGGCGAAAUAUUCCAUUUACCUUCCUAAUGCCUGAGCAUGAUGUUGUCUAGAUGUUAGCAAGUCACUUGACUAUGAGCAAAAAUAAUUUACUUUUCGAGGUUUUCCCAACAAAAUAACACUCAACAUUUGAAACGCCCCCGACUCCCUCGGCCUGUUUUCUAAACUUUAACUGCCAGAAUGCAACAGCAAUCCUUUGUCAAGUUUACGGCAACAUUUUUACUUCAGUGUGUUUUCUUACUGAAAAUGCCCGAUUACAUUACUCUGAGGCGUCCAGAAGAAUAAUCUGUGCUCUUUCUUUUCACUUCUCCGCAAACAUUCUGCAAUGAAUUUUUCAACAAAUUUUGGCAAAAAUGAUAUACAUCUUCAAAUGCGAUUGGAAGAAUUGUGUUCUCAUGCCCUUAUGGUGCUACUUAUUGUCAUGUGACUUGCCGAGGCAAAUUAAGUAUGAGCCUAGCUGUUUUCUAAAAUGCAGAUUCUUUGAAGAUGUCCAUCCAUAGUGUUUUGAUUUGCUCAAUUUUUAGCAGAAACCGCUGACUAAUAAGCUUUUUCUAUAACAGCAUGUUUAUGGAAAGGAAAAAUGCACAAGAUUUUCAAAAUCUUUUCCAUUUUCGGGGUUGAAAUAACCACCUACUAACCAAACAACCCAAAUUUGUCUUUUGGGGUGUUUUGUAUUUUGAAUGGUCAUUUUGAAAUUAACAAACUACAAUGCUGUCAUUUUAAUUUUAAACAACUAAACCAGUUCGACCAAAAGAAAAACUACAUCGCUGCUACUGACAAAGCCUCUUGGCUUCAUGUUUACUCUUUACACCCCCCCUUUAGGUUGACUCACUAUUAACUGAUGUAAAUUUAAAAAAAAUCACAUUUACAUCAACUAACCUGCCACACAGACAACUAGAACGACAAACCAGCAUGCUCAUGCCCUGAGAAAUUCCUGUAUAUGCCAGUGUUUACCACUAUAAACUUAAUGUUCUGGCUUAAAAACCACCCAAAAUACCGGCUAGUUACAGUGGUGGAAACAUGUUUUCAGACAAGCCAUGUUUUCUACUGUGAAAUGUUUAUUUAAUGAGAUGGUUUAUUCUUUUGUUCAGAUUCGAACACAUUCUUUCUUAUUUGUAGUUUGAUGCCAACAAUGUUGAGUAUUGACAUGUAGAAACUGUCAAAUUUUUUUGUUCGUUUUUCUCGGAAACAACACCAACAAACAACAACAAACACCUAAAACGCAAAAAAAAACAACUAUACAUUUCAGACAAUAAUGAACAAAUCUUAAGGGUGUCUAAAAGUGUUUUCCAUCACUGUAUUUUUGAGGUCGCUGUUUACGCUGACUAACCACACUUUCAGGUGGUAUUCUGAGUCAGCAACUUUAAAAAAAAACAUUGUUAACUGUUAAAAGUUUCAUGGAAGUUUCAUGUGAGGAGAGAAAGGUUGCCCUGACAGAAAGGUUUCAGAACACACAAGGCAUUGCAGAUUCUUGAGUGCUGUGGAGUGGCCAUGACUUCGCUGUGUACUGCAGUUUUGGCAGCAAGGGGAUGAUGUCAUAUCAAUCACUUUAUAUCUGGGCAUUUGCUGGCUUUCCUGCUUCAACGUAUGCUGUGGUGUAGGUGGCAUUUUAUACUUCUAUUAAUACAUUUAUACAUGUGAUUUAGAUGACAGGUGUGAGAGAUGCCUUGGCUUGCUCACAGGCUUCACGAGACGAGCACAAGUCAUGUUAACCAAGCUAAAUAGGAGGAUUCGAAUGCAGCACGUGUUGGCUGGCUUCACUGUGUAGUCACUGGGGGUUUUAUUACAACAGGAUACUCUCGUGUCAGGUUUUACACAAGCCAUAUGAGGAGAUGUCACAUUCAAUUCUAUUCGACCAAAGCUUCUCUGUAAUGGUACUGGGACACAACUCCAGUCAGGUGGCAAAAGGGGGGAAACACAAACAAUAUUAUGCUUAUUGAUGGAGUUUACACUAACCGGCUAUUGAGACUUUUAAAAGCCUUUCUGAAAACACUGCACCUAUCAAAAGAGUCGCUGAUCAAAUCUGAAAUUGAUUUUCAACAUGACUAACAAAGCUACUGUAUUUCCAUGAUCAUAGAAGCAAAGUAGUGUUGAUGUUCUUCUAAAAUCACCUCAAGAAGGGGAAUCUAUCUAGUCACCGGAGUGUAGUGACAAUUGAAACGUCUGUGAAGCCCUGUGCUCAUGAUGAUAUUGUAUGUGUGGUUUCCACUGCUCACUGGUCUGUGUCCUCCAGCCUUGUAAAUCUUGCAUGUGUUUGUCAGUUUCCCCCAUUGGAGAUGAAUGUUUCUAUAGUCGUGGUAUCAUAGUUAACAACAAUUUCUCGACCAAUUGUACGUCCAGAAUAUGAAACACUGUAUAUACACGUACUAUGCUAUACCCACUAAUACCCACUAACACCCUGAGCCUGUCUGAUUCGAUGACACCUGCCGCCUUGCUCUCACGGUGUUAGUACUGAAAUAUAUCUGCAGCAUGAUUCUGAGGUAUCAGUGUUCGUGUCACGUUUCCAUAGUCACACACCGCGGCCGAGUGUGAGCGAUUUGCUGAAUCUAUGCAUCGGCUGCUUGUACAGAAUGGGAAUAAGUGUUAACUCUCUCCAUCUGUCGUGGUUUAAGGUGUCCUGAAACGUGUGGAAACAAGACGCUCCUGUUGAAUUUAUGCGUGUGACUGUGUGAAAACUCCACUAUGUUCGGACUGUGUCUUUAAUUUAGUGCCUAAUAUUAAUAUAUGUAAUAGUCGGUCUGUAUUCUGAAGUGCAACCGCUAUUUUUUUACCUUCUCUACAUAUGGUGUCAGGAGUGGGUUGGCCGACUGAUCAGAGGGACCAGGUGCGGGUUGAAGACGGGGGGAAUGGCUUUAUAAAUCGGAAAACUGGGGUUAUAUUUAUGAAAAUUUCAGGGGUGAACACCCCCACAACGCAGGAUGAAUUGAAUUAUGAAGGUAUGAGCUUUCCCAACAUGCAUUAAGGUUUGGCUAUCUUCUGGGUUGGGUCAAUCUCUCGCAUGUUCCAGCAGCGAUGUAGAAACAGAGGAACCUCUUAUUGGAAACUGGUUAUAGCGUUGUGAUGGCGUAACAAUAACUGAAAGUGAGCCUUGUGGUCGGGCGAGUGAAACUGGAGGAAGAAGAAAUGGAUAUGUAGUCAAUACCGUCUUGGUCUAAUAGCUUGAAAUAUAUCAUUAUUAUUACGUAUGAGAUUUAUUGUUUAUCAGAUAUAUGUGUCAAAUAUGUUCUUUUGAGAUCUUCUGCUACUAACUCUUAGCCAUUGGAAUGUUCCCACUGAUAAGGUUUUUUUUUUUUUGUAUGAUGGAGGGGGCUGUGUUUUCUCAUUAUUUUAAGACUUGGAAUGCAACUUUUAUUAUCUUCUUGAACUUAAUAAACACCUCCAAAGUUCAUCACUUCCUCCAAGAAUUAGAGUGGAGGGGAGGGGGGUUAAAUCUGGAGGUAGCAUCAGUGUUUCAAUAAUGAUGUCUAUGGCACAGUAUUGAUGAAUAAAAACCAUUGUUGUGGUCAAUGGACGAGGAGUGACUGUUAAAUCUGUGUGCUGCUUUAUUGUCAGAACACUGAGCCGCUUCACAAUGUAGAGGUGUUAGUGGGAAGAUGAGCUUUUCGUUUACAGUUUACCAGCAUCUCAAAGAAAAGGUGACACCAGGCGGAUCCUGGUUCUGCACCCUCCCACUAACAGAAGCCACCACUGCUCACUGGCACUUGUUGCACUACAUGUGAACCGGUCCUCUGUGUUGACGUCAAAGUGUUACCUUCUCCCUCUUUUUACACAAAAAUGUCACCUGGUUGUUUUGUAAAGAGGAUAUUUCCUUUCUUUAUUUGCUGUCCUUCCAAACCAUAAUAAACAAAAGAUGGUAUGUUUUUGUC